GAACCCACAGAGCUCGUGAGCUUGCUUGGCAGCCGUGUGCAUCUCCCGUUCGACAGGUUUGUCAAGGUUAAGGCCCACCCCACCCCAGAGCAGCGCCGCUCUAUCGACCCACGUCUCCUCGCGGGCAACAGGUUUGCCGACCAGUGGGCGAAGAAGAUAGCUGCUCUGGGGCGCCUAGAUUUCGAGCGUCGUGAUCGGUGUCGGAAGUUUUCGAGGCUUGUGCGUGCGGUGGGAGAGCAGGUAGGCAGGGCCGCUCCCCUCGCGGCCGCCGACACCGAGCGCCUCACGGCGUCCCAGAUGAAGGCG